AUCCAAAGCAGAUCGUUCUCAGGGUGGGGGUUAUUAGAUCCAAAAACGUGACACAAAUAACGUCCCCUUUCUUCAAGCCGACACGCUCCCAUUUUGAAUUCUGUCUCUUCACAUUUUAUUGCUCUUUGGACAGAGAUUUCAACACCAUGGCACCCUUUCAGGUUCCAGCCUCGCUUCAUGACUUGGAGAGAGCUCCCUACAACCUACUUCCCUACCCGUUGGAUUUCGACGACGACGAUGAAGCGGCAAGAGCAGACUCCUUUCUUGAUUUAGUUCAUCAAUUGGAGCAAGGCAAUCGCACGCUUUCGAGUGGAGGAGUUUCACUUUUUACGGCUGCCAUUGCAGCCGAUGACGGAGACAGUGAUGAAUGGAUGGAUGAAGACCGAGUACAGGCGCUCUACACAUUGGUUCGAAAAUCGAUGUCGCUGUCUCCAGAUACUCGAUUACGCUUGGUCUAUGCUCUUUGUCAAGCCCUCAAAACUCUGUCUUCGAUCCUCGACACGGAACCAGUAGACAGCGAAAGCACAGUGGAAUCCCAGACAUCCAGCCAGGUCAUGCCUCAGUCCUUUAGAGAUGCCUUUGCUUGUCACCUUUACAUGCUAUUUUCCAUCAUGUUCUACCAGGAAUCCGAAGCAAAAGUUGGCAACAGUCUGAAAUCAGGAGGCGGCAACAAACGCGACAAUUCUACCGACACCCAAUCGGCAAAUAUACGAGCUACUUGCGCCGAUGCAAUGGUGGUCGCAGCCAAAGCAAUGGCCAGCAACAAGGCAAAACUUUGGCGUCGCGGAGUAGUUGAUGAAAGUGUGGUUAUUCUUCCUGCUCGAAUCGGAUUCCAAAUGUUGGAGAGUGCCACGGGUGUCGUCGCACGCAAGGCAUGUUCCGCGGAUACCGCCAUGGAAAUGAUCGCGGCAACAACCGAAUAUUCCGACGAAGGAGCUCUUGGUACCGUCGUCGCAGCACUCAUGGAUUUGAUGCAUUCGUUCGAGCACAUGGCCCCGAUUUGUGCUGAAUUGUGCUGCCUAGUGCCGGAAAAGCCAACAAACCGACUCGCCAACGAGCUGCUGAAAGAGGUUGGUCGACUCAACACCAAUGGAAUGUCUGGAAAUGACAAAGCCAGUGGUAUUCGAAAUGUGGCGCCAUUCAUUUCACAUCUUGCGGGGAUGCGUCCUCGCCUCGUCCUCAGCAAUGCCGCUUACUUUAUGCCGCAUUUGGAUUCGGAAGUGUACCAUCUUCGAUCUGCGAUUGUGACGUGUAUUGCAUCCAUCUUGUCCAAUACUGCAGGUGACGAAGAGGGAGAAGGACAGGGAAAUCCUCUGGAUGAAGCAAACCGUACCUCUCUCCUAAAGAUUCUCUGUGACAGGGUACGCGACGUGAGCUCCUUCACCCGAGCGGCGACCCUCAGAGCGUGGAUCUCGGUUGUGCAAUCUCGAUCGUUGCCGGCAGAGUGGUUCAUUCCUGUGACUGAGCUGGCCAUUGACCGUUUGAACGACAAAACCAUCAUGGUUCGUCGCCUCUCGAUGCAGUUGCUAACAACCGUUCUGGAAAACAAUCCUUUCAUGGGAGAUUUAGAGCCGGAGAGAUACCAAGUCAAGCUAGCAGAACUCCAAAAGUUCGUAUUGGACAAUCUACCGCAGAACAUCAAGGAGGCCCACGAAGCGGCACUCGAGGAAGCCACCUAUUCGGCGGUAGAACAAGACACAGAACGAAAGGAAAUUGAACAUGCCACUUUGGCAGCAGCCAUCGUUGAUGCCGAGACUUGGAAAGACGACGAGCUUACGGAGGAGCAAGAAUUGCUGCGGAACAAGGUUCAAGCUCUGACAUUUACACAAGGUUGCUUGGACUUUAUUGCACUGUUUGAAAGUGCCAACGAAGCCUUCAACUUCAUGUUACAUUCCAAGCUCCAAAGCGACGUGACUGAGGCUCUCAAGUUUUAUGUUCGAGCGAGGCACUUCAAGUUGCCCUGCGCCAUCAGUGGAAUGAAAAACGCUCUGGCUCUGAUGUGGUCGACAGAGCAAGCCGUAAAGGACGAAGUACGAAAAGCUUUCGUCGAAGUUUUUCUUGCUGAACCAGGAACAGAUGGAAAAGAGCUUCUCUCAAGCGAUAGAAUUGCAGAGAACCUAAUGACUCUCAUCACUGACGCUACUGUCAGCGAAAUCGCCAGCAUCGAAGAAGGCAUUACAUCGCUUGUCAAGGAUGAGAUGAUCCCUGCAGAUGUCUUCGUCAUCCUCUGGUCAGUUGUAUCAAAGGGUUCCAGAAAAGCCAAAUCAGCAGCAAUGCAAAUACUUAGCAUGGGUGCUGCGGCAGACAGAUCCAUUAUCAACUCCAAGAGCCGUUUGAAGCUUCUUUUGGAUGCUUGUCUUGGCGACUACACCGAACGCUCCAAAGACUGGGGCCUGGCUAGGGCUUCUGCACAGGCGCUGCAAAAAGUUGACAGGGCGACUGUCGAUGAAGGAUGUGCAAAGUACCUGGUCCUUGAACGCAUCAUGGAACAGCUUGCUGUUGUGGCUCGUGGUGACUGGUGCUCCGACCAUCAAAGCCGCGACACUCUUGAAUGGUUCUCGGCAUCGGAAGAGGCAAUCAAGGCUCUUUUUGGCAUUUCCUCCUGCCCCGAAGAGUCUUGCUCUGAAAUCGUUCAAGUUCUUUAUGCAAACACCUUCAAAAACAGUGAAGGCUCCCAGUGUCAUUCCCUGCGAUUAGCUCGAUUCUUUCACGUGCUUGGCAACGUUGCUUUGAAUCUUCUUUGCUACACCGAAGAACUCAGCAGCUCUGUGAAGCAGGCUAAUGCCAAAAAGGCAGAACAGAAACAAGUUGACGUAGAUGCCAAGAAAGCAAAAAAGCAGAACCCAGCCGACGCUCUGGAAGCAGACGACAGCAGCCAGUCGGAAGACGAAAUGGAAGCCGAGCUCGGAAUCGCAGCUGAAGUCGAGGCAGAGACGGAACGGCAAAUGAGUGAAAUCACCGAAACCGAGAUUCUUGGGCGCGGAUUGGUGUCAGCAUUUGCACCAACACUUGUGAAAGUAGUUGGAAACGAAGGCGGAAAAUUCGGUUCGGAAGUCUUGCAAACAUCCUCCAUGAAUGCGUUGUGCAAGUUCUGUUGUGUUUCCGCCGAGUUUUGUGAAAAGCAUUUACCCCUCAUGUUCUCGGUGCUGGCGCGAGCACCGGAGGGAGACACCGUCAUGAAGGCUAACACUGUUGUUGCACUGGGAGAUCUAGCAUUCCGCUGGCCGAAUCAGUUUGAGCCUUUUACACCACACCUCUACGCCAACCUUCGUGAUCCCUCUACGAAAGUCAGGCGCCAUACGCUUAUGUGCCUGACUCAUUUAAUCUUGAACGACAUGGUCAAGGUGAAGGGGCAGGUUUGUGAAAUUGCGCUAUGUCUUCAGGACGAGGACUGUCGCAUUCGAGACAUGGCUGGUUUGCUCUUUCAUUCAUUAGCCAGUCGCUCGAACAACCCAAUCUACAACCUGCUUCCCGACAUUAUAUCUCAACUCAGUCAAUGUGACAUUUCUCGGGAGAGCUUCCGUAGCAUCAUGCUGUUUCUUCUUGGUUUCAUCAAGAAGGAACGUCAGAGCACAACGCUCACAGAGAAGCUGGUCCUUCGAAUCGAUAAGUCUUCGUCCAUCUCGCAGCAGGCCGAUCUUGCCUACUGUAUCAGCCAGCUGAAACAGUCCGACAAAUCCAUCCGGUUUCUCUUUGACAAUUUCAAACUGUACAAAGAUGCAUUGCAUGAUGAAGAUGUCUUGAAAGCGUUUACCGGCAUAAUCGCCAAGGCUCGAAAAACGGUAAAAAUUGAUCUCAAGCCUCUUUUAGACGAAUGGAGCGACAAAAUCAACUCCUCUGCUGAAACCGGAAAGCAAGACAAGGCUAGCAAUUCGAAAGCCCUUAAAGCAGCGCAGAAACAGCAGAAAAAGAAGAAGUCCGCAAAGGUUGAAUCUGACUCGGAGGAGCAAGACGAAGAGUCCGAAGAGGAGCCACGUCGAGUGCAGCGGACUCGUCGGCGUGCCAAGUCCAAAGCGAUUGUCUCCGAUGAGGAAGAUGCGUCUGGUGCUGAUGCGCGUCCAGAGUCGGAAGAGGACACUGAUGAUCCAGACGAAGAGUCCGAAGAGGAGGAGACGCAAAACACUCAGACUCAACAACAAACAGGUCGAGUGCAGCGAAAUCGUCGUCGUGCCAAGAGCAAGACCACCGUUUUCGACGAGGAAUGCAAAGAUGACGAGGAGACAGAAAAGGAAAACAUGACACAAACGCGUCGGGUGAAUCGCACUCGACGCCUUGCACCCAAGAGGAUUGUUUAAUAUAGACACGGCAUAUCGUGGGGAUGUGCGUCUUUGCAGCAACGUGUAGUGGAUACCGGUAGCACAAUGACUUUUCAAGAACUAAAUCAAUAUAACGAGUAUGUAUCGGUAUGUUUCAUAGCGCGUUUCGGCUUUUCUAUUACGCGUAUUACACUGGAAAAUACUUUUGAGGCCGAAGACGCAGCUGUUGGCACUCCAAGAUCGAGACACAAUCUUGCUACUGGUAGCUAGCGCCCAGAUCUCGACUUGCUUCUUCCCUUGCUCUUGGAUUUGGGUGUGGCCGAUGAAAACGAAGAAGAUGUUGUCGAUCCAAAGCUCAAGGGAGCUGGCGUAGUCGUGGGGGCAGUGCUUCCAAAAACAGGAGGGGCCGGGGCAGCGCCUGUGAAAGCGCCAGCGGCUGGUGCCGGUGUAGGUCCGAAACUAAAUCCUGUUGAUGGAGCUGUGGCCGGGGCGGGAGCAGGAGACCCAAAGCCAAACCCUCCAAAUGACGUAGUUGGUGGUUUUGGAGCGGCGGCUGUCGAUGAGGGCUGCCCAAAAGGAGCAGGUGCAGCCACUGCUGGAGCCCCCGCGGGAGCAGACGCCUGAACAAAUUGCAUUGAAAUUGCAUUUAAAAUUUCCCUUUCUCGCUUGUUUUUAGCGUGGUCCGCCUGAUCCAAGACAUUGUCGCCCCUUUCGUAAAAACGAUACAACGUUCGAACUUUGUCCAUUUCCACUUGCAAUUUGUCGUAGUACUUGUUGGCCCUAUGCACUUGAUUUUGUUGCUCUUGGAUGGUAAUGGAAAUAUUGGCUGGACGAGCCGUCCGAAGAGCAUUUUGGUGUUGUUGCUGUGCCGUCCACAGGCGUCGCUCCAACGCCAGGAGACGCUUCUUCAUGUCCGGAAUCACUUGCCAGAGGUACUGACUAGGCAUUCGCUCGAACCGAUCCACGUGUGCCAUUUGCUGGUCCAGAACUUCUCGAAGCUGGGCUUUGGCGUCGGCUGUUUCCGCUUGCGGCUUUUGCUCGCUGCGAACGCGUACUUGGACUCCACGCUGCACUGCCAAUUGUUCCAGGCUCCAGAGACCGAUCGUGGCUUGUUUGUAGAGCUGUUCGUAUUCUUUUUUACUGGAAUCGGCUACAGACUGCAACUGCGACAUGCGCUCCAGUUCACUGAUAGUCUCGUUCAACUUUUUGAUUUUCAUGGGGAGAGAGACAGUCGACGAUCCUGGCGUUGUCUCGAGUUGACUCGGGCCAAUGGACUGGAUUCCCAACACAGUCCGUUUGUGUUUCAUCAUGGCCUCAUGGAUCUUAUCGAUGGCUGCCUUGAUAUCCGGUGGCAGAUUGUUGUACGGAGUCCCUCCCGAAAUGACAGAAGGUUGCUGUGGGGCUCCUGGCUGUGGCGCUGCUGCACCUGGACCAAACCCAUAGGGAGCUGGCGCCGUACCUGGAGCUGCACCUGGGGAACCAAAAGAAAAUCCUCCCGGUGCCGCUGCUGGAGGCGCUGGUGUGGCUCCAUACGAUCCAAAGGAAUAGCUCGACGGGGCAGGAGCAGCAGGCGCUGGUCCAAACGAGAAACCCCCUGGUGCUGGCGCUGGUACUCCAGGAGCUGGACCGGCAGAUCCAAAGGAAAAGGCUCCUGCUGCUGGGGCCGCCCCAGCAGGAGCGGAGGAACCAAAACCGCCAAAGGAAAAACCCGCCAUGGUGCACAAUACCUACGAUGUAAACCUUUAGCUGCGAUGAUAAUACAUGUAUGUGUACGAUGUAGGUGAUCAAUGUAACGAUGCGAUGUGAUGAGGAUUCGAGAGGCGACGCCACA